AUGCGUUUUGAUAUAGCUAGUGCCGCCCUUCUUUUGAUAUAUUCCGAGAAGGUGGUUCUAGGUUUGUCCUUCUUUCCCGACCAGGACAACGAUCCCUUUCUUUCUGAGUGGGAAAACGACGAUCGGGGCACAAAACAGCACGAAAACUUACCACCCGUCCUCUCUCCAGGCGAGUUAGAUGAUGAGACAAGAAGUCUACCAAGGGGGAUGAGAAGACUUCCCCAAUUUAUCACUGAUAAUUGCCCCCUGGUUCAUCUCUACAGUGAAGAAAGAUAUUGGCCAUCGGACAUCCAGGAUUAUGUCAGCCACUUCCAUUUGACGAAUAGAGAUGGUGAGAACAUAUCAACCUCACGUAAACUAACACUGCAGGAUCUGAAGGAAACCUAUACAGUAAAACUAAAAAAUGGUACUUAUGCCAACGUUCAUAGCAGUGAAAUAUACAUGACGGCAGAUAGCGAUUUCGAUGAAGAUCCGCCAUGGCUAUUGGGUCACCAACCAGAAUAUGGCACAGGUAGUAUACGUGAUGGACCAGCUGUUGUAAUUGUUGUUGAUAAGGGCAACGGAUGGGUAGAUGCCUACUGGUUUUAUUUUUACCCAUUCAAUUGGGGCCCUUAUAUUAUGGGCGGUGGUCCCUGGGGGAACCAUGUCGGCGAUUGGGAGCAUUCACUAGUACGGUUCUAUAUGGGGCAACCAAAAUACUUAUGGAUGAGUGCCCAUGGUGGUGGGAGUGCUUACAAGUUUGAGGCAAUAGAGAAAGUUAAAAAACUGAGGCGAGUGGACGGUAAAGUCAAGAACGAGAUUGUGAUGAGGCCAUUGAUAUUCAGCGCAAGAGGCACCCAUGCAAACUACGCUUCUGUAGGGCAGCAUUCACACGACGUUCCCUUUUUUUUCAUGCCGCUAAGUGACUUCACAGAUAGAGGACCUAUGUGGGAUCCAUCACUCAACUAUUACGGUUACAUGUUUGAUGGAGAGAGCGUAUCAUCUAUUGGUGACCGCGAAGCGGAUCUGGGCAGUCAAUGGUUACAUUUUGAGGGCCGCUGGGGUGAUAAACAACUGCCCUGGCGUGACCCAAGACAGAGAUGGUGUCCCGUACAAUGGAAAUAUAUCGACGGCCCAAAAGGCCCGUUAUUCAAGAACCUACAGAGAGUAUCUCUCUGUCCCUCAUUCAAGUGGUGGAACCUCUGGAAGGGCUGCCCCCCACGUAGAUGGAUCAAGAGAGGCGAGGGCCUAGAUGCAGAAAAAAACGACACUGUCGGCGACAAUUGCGGUGUGUUGCUUUACAAGAUACGGCCGAAGUGGCUGAGAGGGCUUUGCAGAUUUCUCAUGUGGAAAGGCGUUAUCUGUUUCAUCAUGGACUAUUUUACCGGCUGA